GGUGGCACCCUCGUCGCGCAGAUCAAUAGCUUACUAGACAAGGUUGGGAAGGAGGACACUCAUACACCAAUAUUUCCUCUAAUUUGUGGAUUUGAGGCGGUGUUUUAUGUCGAUAGUGUUUAUUUUCUAGAACCUAUCCUCUUUCGAAGGAUAAUAGUAAGAAGCGGCGGCGGCGGCGACAGGCAGGAGGAGCAGAAUGGGGGCGUGGUUGGUGUGGGCGUGGUGGGUGGCGGGUAUGGUGACCUGGGCCGCCGCCACGCCUACCUGGCAGUCGUGUAAGAGCGAGUGCGACACCCACUUCUCCAAGAAUGACCUCCUUCAGUCAGCGUUAUCGAGAAUGUGUGAGCGUGGGUGUGACCUCUUCACCGUGGCGCUAAUUUCCACUCCGCAACGGACACGGGUCCUGCACCUGGGUCCUGUCAUCCUGCCCUCCAGGACCCCGGCCCUGCCCCGCACCCCGCCCCACGACCUGGUAGUGCGAGUGGAGAAAAAGAACCCCUUGGAGAAACUUGGCGAACACCACCACCACCACCAUCACCAUCUCCACCACGCAACCGACGGCAAUCCACCAGCACACACUAGAUCUCCACACCACAAGACCCGCCAAACUACCACACAGCCCGCAGACCACCCGGUCCAGGACCACCCAGCCCAGGCGGACCAUCAGGCCACCACCACCCAUCCUGGACAGGGCCAGGCGGUCCACGCUGCUCACCAGGCUACAACCACCCAUACGCCCAACACGCGCCCACCCACCACCACGGCUGGGGCUCAAGCAGCUAGGGAAGAGGGACACGAGACCAAUGCCAUCAUCAUCCUUGGGAAAGACAACCUGCAUCAAGGCGACAAAAGCGAGGAGUACACACAGCUCACGCCAGAGGAGUUCCAGGAGGCGAGGGUUGUGCAGGACGGGGAACGUCUUCAGCAGGCCAAGGAUUCCUGCAGGCAUGCAUGUGUGACGGCGUACCACAUAUCGGAGGAGCAGACUGCGUGUGUGGUGGGGUGCCACUACCAGGCUGUCACAGCUGCUACACGCCCGACGAGAUCCAGGAUAGCUGAGAGUGGCAGGAAUCCCCUGGCCAUGUUCCAGCACAUCAUGUUCAACCUGGCGGGUCACGUGGGUCGACUGGUGCGGGUGACCUGGGCCUGGACCACUGGAGGUCAGAGAGACUCUCCCCACCAGGAGAGACACGACACAUUACAAGAAGCAGUGCCCCGUUUAGCGUUGUCCCACGGGGUCUCACCAGCCCACAACAGCCAGCAUAAAUUCCCUGGAGGCCGAGUCUACUACUCAGAGCUUCUCGGCCACUACACCAUCGGAGUUAGCGAUGAUGUUCCUCUGGCUGACCCCAGCUUUGUCCACCACCACGACCAUGAGUGCCACCACCGUCACUUGCAACAGCCACAACAGUCCCAACAGCAGCAGCAGUCACAACAACAGCAAAAUCCUCAGCACGACCAGCAACAGCAGCAGAACCAGCAACAACAGCAGCAGAACCAGCAACAGCAACAGCAACAGCAGCAGCAGCCGCAGCAGCAGCAGCUAGAUCUGCUAGAAUGUAUUUCACGCAAGUCUGGAUUGCCAAGAUGGUUCAUCGCUGUCACCAUCUUCACAUCAGCGCUGGUUAUUCUGUGGCUGUGCUUCACACUCACCGCCCCGCCUGACGACAUCAAGGUCGUCAAGACUAAGCCUCCGGAGCUGGAGAUGGAAGAAGAUGAGGAUGAUUUCGAAGACGACGACUUGCCUUGUUCCGAGAAGAAAAAGCUGCUGGCUCAGGCCGACGACGUCAUCAAGAUCAGGAUUGAGAACGUGUAAGAGUCUCCAAGAUCCCCGAUCCUUCAUCUUCGCUAUAAAAAAAAUGAUGAUAGGUGAAUCAUCUCGAGUGCAAGGUCAACAGUGCUAAAUUUAUUUAGUGCAUUUGAGUGUGUUGGAGAUAAUCUCCAAGAAAAUGCGUUUCCCAUUCUAUGCCAAAUUAAAUUA